CAUGAUCAUGAUCUUCUUAUUUAAGUACUUAUACGGUUUUCAAUCAAGAUGCAAACAGCAGCGUCAUACUAACAGCUAGCUGGCAUGGCUACUCAGCAAGCUUCCAACUCUUGCUCUUUUCCUUCCUUAAGGGAGAGGGACAGGGAGUGGGAAUUCGAUGUGUUCAUCAACUUCAGAGGCCCUGAAACCCGCUACGGUUUCACUGGCUAUCUCCACAAAGCUUUUUGUGAAAAGGGAAUCCGCACCUUCAUGGAUGCUGAGAAUCUUAUUAGUGGGAAUAAGAUCCUGGAAACAUUUGAUCGGGCAAUUGAAAGCUCUAGGAUUGGCAUCAUUGUGUUCUCGGCGCAUUAUGCUGACACCGAUUUCUUGUUGAGGGAACUUGUGAAGCUAUUGGAGUGCUCUCGACGUAAAGGCCAGUUUAUUUUGCCGAUUUUCUAUUACAUGGAUCCCGGAGACGUGCGGCAUCAGAGAGGUAGCUAUGAGAAAGCAAUGGCGGUGCAUGAGGAGCGGUUCAAGGAUGAAGUGCCAAUAUGGAGAGCCGCUCUGCGAGACGCAGCCAACUUAUGCGGCUUACAUUUCAAAGGGGAUGAAUUUGAAUACGAAUUUAUUGAGAGGACUAGUAAACAGGUGUUGGCAAUUCUUAAAGAGGACACGCUACCUGUUGUUGCUGAUUAUCCAGUCAGAGCAGAGUCCCAGGUGAAAUCGUUUUCAAACCCAAGGCAAUACCAACACCAUGUGUUCCUCAACUUCAGAGGAUGUGAUACUCGCUAUCGUUUCACUGGCAGUCUUUACAAAGCUCUCCAGGACAAGAAAAUCCACACCUUCAUGGAUGAUGUAGGUCUGCACAGAGGGAAUGAUAUAUCAAGAACACUUAUUCAGGCAAUUAAAGGCUCCAGGAUUGCCAUCAUUGUGUUCUCCGAGAACUAUGCUGAUUCUUCUUACUGCUUAGAUGAACUUGUCAAGAUCUUGGAGUGCCAUGAGUCUGAUGGUCAGUUCGUAUUGCCAGUUUUCUAUGAUAUUUAUCACGAUCACGUGCGAUAUCACACAGGAAGUUAUGGGAAAGCGAUGGCUAAACAUGAGGAGAAGUUCAAGGACGACUUAUCCAAAGUCGAAAAAUGGAAACAGGCUUUGUUUCAAGCAGCUAAUUUUACUGGCUUUGUUUUCGAGGGGUACCUUAUCAUAUUUUGUUUACUGUUCUUUUAUUUUUUAAAUAAAAUUCCAAAUAGGUAUGACUUAGUACAUAUAAUUGUCUUGUCUUAUAUAUUGAGCAGGAAACAAUAUGAACACGAGUUUAUUGGAAAGAUCGUUGAAGUGGUGUCAAGGGAGAUUAAACGUGUUGCUUUGCCUGUUGCUGACUAUCUGACUGGACUAGAGUCUCAAGUUUCAGUAGUAAAGUCGCUUCUAUUUUCUGAUGGCUAUGAUGGAGUCCAAGUGGUAGGGAUUCAUGGAAAUGCUGGAUCAGGCAAAACAAAAGUAGCUCAUGCAAUUUAUCAUUUGAUUUCUAACGGUUUUGAAAGUAUAUGUUUUCUUGAAAAUGUGAGAGAAAAUUCAUAUAACCAUGGUUUAGUGUAUCUUCAAAAUAUGCUUCUUUCUAAUGUAUUCGAAAGGAAGAAUCUCAAAGCAACAAGUUUUGAACAAGGAAUUUCAACAAUAAAGCACUGGCUCCAACAAAAGAAGAUCCUUUUGAUUCUAGAUGAUGUUGACAAACCAGAGCAAUUACAAGCUCUUGCUGGAAAACCUGAUUGGUUUGGCCUUGGAACAAGAGUCAUUGUUACAACACGGGACAAAUGUUUACUAGAGAGCCAUUGGAUUAAAAGAAUAUAUGAGAUGGAGAAUUCAAAUUCGGAGUCAAAUAUCAAUGCAUCCCCUGGAAAGGACAACAGAGAACAACUGGGUGAAAAAAGCACUUCCGGUGAUCAAGUCAAUGGUUCGCUAGAGCCUCUAGUUUCUGAAGAUAUUAGUCUUGAAAGGAGCAAACAGGCUUCUCUUAUUCAAGCGGAAUCAAAUACAGAAGUCAUAGGAUGUAAUGAAAAUCAAGCAGACAUUUGUCAUACUCAUUUCCCAGAAAGAAUUGAUAAUGGUAAAAAAGAAGUGCCAACUGGAAACAGGGAAGUCGAUAUGGCUGAGAAGUGUUUCUCCGCUCAGUUAGAAUCUUUGGAGGAAAAGAAAAGAGAACUUGAAGAGCAAAUUCGCGCCAUAAAAGCUGAGAUUGCAGGUUUUCACAGCAGAGACACAGUUGCUAAAGAGAAAAAGAGAAGUGUUUGACAGUAGAAAAAUUCUGACAGUUGAAGGGGCUAAUUUGAGGAACCAUGUGGCAAGGUAAUAUUGAAGCAUAGUGGUAAGUUUUAGAGAACAAGUCAUUGGAGAGCGUAGCAAUAUUCAAGUUCAUGUUAACCAAAAUAGGGUGGUUAUUAAAGUGUAUUUACAGAAGCAUAUCCUGUAUGAUAUAUAUGAUUGUUGAGUUUCAGUGACACUAGUGUAUUUUUCAUUUCUUAUUCACUGGACUGAACUUUUUUUUCUC